UCAGUGGCUUGCCUUCUACCCUAGGGCAAAUCCUAGUUCAUUUCUUUUUUGGAUCAUUAACUAAAUAUAUUUUCCAUGCAGUUGCUGCGGUGGCUAUGGCCACUAUUCCUGGUGAUUGGAGGUGGCUCCUCUGCCCCCCAGAAUGUGCUGCUUCUUCUGGCCGACGAUGCCGGCUUCGAGUCGGGAGCGUACCUCAAUAAAUUCUGUCAGACGCCCAAUCUGGAUGCUCUGGCCAAGCGGGGACUGGUCUUCAACAACGCCUUCACCUCGGUGAGCAGCUGUAGUCCCAGUCGGGCACAAUUGCUCACCGGCCAGGCCAGUCACUCUAGUGGAAUGUACGGACUCCAUAAUGGCGAGCACAACUUCAAUGUGCUGCCGGAGACGAGUUCGCUGUCCAAUCUGCUGCGGGAUCAAAGUGGUGGUCGGAUCUUGAGUGGCAUUAUUGGCAAGAAACAUGUGGGAGCAGCAGCCAACUUCCGAUUUGAUUUCGAGCAAACCGAAGAGCAGCACUCGAUCAACCAGAUCGGUAGGAAUAUCACCCGGAUGAAGGAGUAUGCGCACCAGUUCUUGAAGCAGGCCAAGGAUGAGAAGAAGCCCUUCUUUUUGAUGGUAGCCUUCCAUGACCCACAUCGUUGUGGUCACAUUACACCCCAGUUUGGUGAAUUCUGCGAGCGCUGGGGUAGCGGUGAGGAGGGAAUGGGCAGCAUUCCCGACUGGCGACCCAUCUACUACGACUGGCGUAAUCUGGAGGUGCCCCCUUGGCUGCCGGAUACGGAUGUGGUUCGUCAGGAGCUGGCUGCUCAGUACAUGACCAUUUCCCGGUUGGAUCAGGGUGUGGGCUUGAUGGUCCGGGAGCUGGAACAGGCUGGUUUGGCGGAGGAUACCCUUGUGAUCUACACCUCUGACAAUGGCCCACCUUUUCCGGGUGGCAGAACGAAUCUCUACGAGCAUGGUAUUCGCUCACCGCUGAUCGUCCGCUCGCCCAAAACGGAGGAUCGCCAUCAUGAGACCACCGCUGCCAUGGUCAGUCUCCUGGACAUAUACCCCACUGUCUUGGAUGCUCUGGAGAUACCCAAGCCCAAUGACACAAAGAUUGCUGGAAAGUCUAUUUUUCCCGUGCUGAAAGAGGAACCUGCCAUCAAGGAGAGCGAUUCCGUGUUUGGCAGCCACAACUUGCACGAAGUAACCAUGUCCUAUCCCAUGAGGAUGGUGAGGAAUAGACGCUACAAGCUCAUACACAACCUUAACUUUUGGGCGGACUUCCCCAUUGACCAGGACUUUUACACCUCGCCCACCUUCCAGCAGAUACUGAAUGCCACCAUAACCAAGCAACCGCUACCUUGGUAUCGAUCUCUGUUGCAAUACUACCAGCGACCCGAGUGGGAGCUGUUUGACAUCAAGGCGGAUCCGCUGGAGCGAGUAAAUCUGGCCGAGAAGCCCAAGUAUAGUGGCACUCUUAAGCAGCUUAAGCAGCAGCUCUUCGACUGGCAGGUGGCCACCAAGGAUCCGUGGCGUUGUGCCCCCCAUGCCGUGCUUCAGGAACAGGGCGUCUUCAAGGAGCAACCAGUUUGCCUGACCCUGGGACACGAGGCUCUGCAGAGGCCCAAUCGUAGGAUCCUCGGUCAGUACGAGGAGUAUGAGAUUGCCUAGACCUCCUAUAAUACCCUACAAACGUAUAACCUAAGUAUUCUGUAGAUAGUGGUGCCAGUCUUAUCGCAUCGACAAUAAAAAAACAAUCAAAAGUGCUGAUAACACAAACAUUUUACUGUUUUUCACUUCCAAAGUGGUUACAAUUUUUGCCAGGAAAAUAGGUAUUGUAAAAGUAAACUAAUUAAUAA